AUGUGUACAUGCUGUCGACAUGUCAUGAACCUUUUCAAGAUCCGCCACGUGCUUGAUCAUCUAUUCUUGAAGUUCCAAGAAGUGUUCCAGCCAGGGGAGAAUAUCGCAAUCGACGAAUCCCUGUUGCUGCGGAAAGGCCGCCUCAUCUUCAAGCAGUACAUCCCCUUGAAGAGAGCAACGUUUGGAAUCAAAUCCUUUUUACUCAGCGACAACAGUGGUUACACAUUUCAUUUCCAAGUGUACACAGGUAAGGAUGAAUACACGACCGACAUUGAUGACCUGCCCCUUAACACUCAACUUUCGGGACGCUCAGGACAGGAAGUGUUUUACCAGAUGUUACCAUUGCUCAACAAAGGUCACCGUCGGUUUGUGGAUUACUGGUAUACGUCGGUUGAUCUUUUUGAGCUGCUGCACAGCCAUGGCAUUUCUUGCUGUGGAACUCUGCGAUCCAACAGAACCCCGCCGCGUUUUAGUUUGUUUUAG